UUAUAUGUCAUUUUCCAUUUGACGUUUUGUUUAUUUUGUUUUGUUUAUCUUCAUCCAGCUCCAAGAUAAAACGUAGGAAUAUAAUGAACAUUAUUGUUCUAUUUGCUUGUUUUUAUCUUUUACAAACUAAAAUUUCAAAAUGAAUACUAAAAUAUCUUCGUUCGCUGUCCUCGAUCUCGAAACUACAACCCUUCCAAGUUUAAAUUUUAACAAGGCCAACAUAACAGAGAUAUCUAUACAUGGCUUCAACGCUGAAGAUGUUUCCAAAGCAGAAAAUUGCAAAAGCCCAAGAAUUAACCAUAAAUUGACACUUUUAUUCAACCCUCUAAUGACGAUUGAGCCAAAAAGUGAGGAAAUAACUGGUCUUGAUAAUUAUAUGUUGGAGCAUGAAUCAUCAUUUAAUCAAGAUGCAGCCAAUAUAUUAACUAACUUUUUGAAACACCUUCGACAACCUGUUUGCCUAGUCGCCCACAAUGGCUAUAGUUUUGACUUUCCAGUUCUGAAGCAUGCAUUUUCUAAACUGGAAUUAGAGCUUCCCAAGGAUAUUUUGUGUCUAGAUUCCCUUGUCGCCAUCAAAGACAUGGAAUUGUACAAAGAAGCAAACAAAAAAUCUGAUACAGAGUUGAUUGGUUCUGACCCAAUCUUAGAAAUCGAAGAAUUCGCAACUCCCUUGGUAGUUGACAAAUCACCCGAAAAAUCCGAGGAAGAAAUUAAUAGCGACUCUCCACAAAAGCUAGUUUCUUGCUCUAAUUUAACAGACAUUCGAGAGAAAAUUGAAUCAGCCGAUGAUUGGCAAAAAUUCAACGAAACUACCCCAAAAAGGCCUCCAAAUGUCAUAAACAUUGAACGGAAACGGAAGAGACAAGUUGUGGUAGAUUCGGUUUCCACUCCUACUGAGCCCAGUUCUCGAAAAUCGCUUAAGUUUGGCUCGACACCAUCUAAAACUUUAAGAUAUAAUUUAGGGAGUAUAUAUGAACGUUUGUUUGGCAGUCCACCUAAUAUUGCACAUCAUGCCGAGGCAGAUGUAAUCUCACUUCAGCAAAUUAUGCUGAAAUAUGGCAGAUCGUUUGUCGAUUAUGCCGAGAAGAAUGCUAAACCGUUCAGUGAAGUUAAAAAACUAGGAGUUCGAUAAUAAUAAUACAAAUUACACAUUAAACAAAAUCUAUAUUUCUUAGCAGUUUUAUAAUUUUACACUUUGACAAUUUUUAAAUAUUUUCAGUCAGUUAAUUGAUUAUAAAUAAAAUGAAACAAUAUGAUUGUAAAUAAAUUUUUGAUGUACCUACUUGCAACAAAUAAUAUUUUUUGACAACAGAGCUUGCUCACAUCAAGCAAAUCCUUGAGAUCCUGGGAUAUAGGCAACAAAUAUCCAAAAUGUAGACAAUUAAGGUAUAUAAGUAGUUGUGUAUUCUAUUGACUGAAAAAGGACUAAGAAAAAAGUAUGAAGGGAUAGCAGAGACUGAACUUAAAUGAUUAUAUUUAAUUCUACAUUAAUAUUUUCCUUAUGGAACAUUAAUACACGCUCAAAUUCAUAAAAUGUAAAAUCGUGGAUAUCCAAAGUUGGUAUUUUAGUUUUUCUAUUUUCAGGAUGAGGGAUGUUGCUUUAAAUAUUUAUAGUUGUUAAAUUAAUAAAUAAAUUGUGAUGAAGCAAUCUGAA